CUCAUUUCAGGCGGAAGCUUCCUGUUGUUUAAUGGUUUGUUUGCGUUCUGGAAAACGACUCUUUUUUCCGAGUUAAAUCCUGAAAAUGCCCUAUUCGGACAGGUCGAGCUCUGACGGCGGUGCUGAGUCCCGGAGCCCCCGGGCCCGGAGGCCCCGGACCCGCUCCAGGAGCCGCAACCGGAGCGACAGUCGCGACCGGAGCCUGUCCCCGUACAGCUUCGGGCCCAAACUGCCCAAACCGAGGAACCGGGAGAGGGAGCACGAGGAGCGGGAGCGGCGAUUCAAGGAGGCCAGAAACAUCCGGCGGAUCCGCAUCGGGAGCCCCCGCCGGAGCCGCUCCAGGUCCCGGUCCCGGUCCCGGUCCAGAGACAGACACAACCACUGGGACGGUCCCGGUAAACAUGGUGGCUUCAGAGACGAUUAUUACUACGAGCAGCAGAGAGACGACGCUCAGAGACAGAGACAGGAGGCGUUCAUCGCCAGGCGUUUGCAGGAGAGGGAGAGGAUUGGAGAACUGGGCUGUCCUGAAGUUUGGGGCUAUUCUCCCAGAGUGAAAGAGCCAGACUCUGAUGAAUUCACUCCAGUUGAAGAAGAUGAGAAAAACAGCAGCUCAGAGUCCAGCUCAGAAGAGGAAAAGAAGAAAAAGAAGAAGAAGAAAAAGAAGUCAAAGAAAAGGAAGAAUAAGAAGCACUCUGAGGACAGCGACCUGGAGUCAGAUUCAGAUGAGGAAGAAAUAAAAAAGAAGAAGAAGAAAAAGAAGAGCAAAAAGUCCAAGAAGUCCAAGAAGAAGAAGGCAAAGAAGAGCCGCAAGGAGUCCAGUGACUCCAGCAGCGAGGAAUCGGAGGAGGAGGAGGAGGAAGAUCCCAGCGGAGUGAUGUGGGUGGAGAAAACCAGCAUGGACGAGCACAUGGUCGGCCCCGAUGCUCCACUCACACACCUGUCGCAGGACGACCGACCUCUGGAUUUUGGCCACGCGCUGCUGCCGGGUGAAGGUGCUGCGAUGGCAGAAUAUGUAAAAGCUGGUAAACGUAUCCCGAGAAGAGGAGAGAUCGGUCUCACCAGCGAUGAGAUCGCAAACUUUGAGAAAUCUGGUUACGUCAUGAGUGGAAGCAGGCAUCGUCGUAUGGAAGCCGUGCGUCUGAGAAAGGAAAACCAGAUCUACAGCGCAGACGAGAAAAGAGCUCUGGCUUCCUUCAACCAGGAGGAGAGGCGGAAGAGAGAGAGCAAGAUCCUGUCCAGCUUCAGGGAGAUGGUGUACAGAAAAACCAAAGGGAAGGAGGAGAAGUGAACACUCCUUCAGUUUUUUCUCACAUUUCAUCGACUUAAAGUCUGAUUGAAUCUGGUGUCAGAGGGGUGUACAGUGUGUGUGUGGUAUCUGUAAAGAAACAUUGAACUGUACCGUAUACUCAGUUUUAAAAGAUAUGUACUCUUGUAAUUGUAAAUAAAUACUCUGGAGCAGAAUGCUAAAAAAAA